UUAUUCAGGGCGCACUUAGUCCUAAAACGUCCCUUUCUCUGGCAUGGAGCGAUUGGACCUUAGACUUAUUUAGAAAUACAACAAUUAUAUGUUGUUUAGCGCGGGCUUUCGAUAAACACAAUCUAGCACGACUUAAUAAAAACUAAAAAACAUCGUAAUGAUGUAACCUCUGGUAAAUUCGUUAAUGCUAGCUAGCUAAUUCCAGAAAAAUCUUUUAAAUUAACGCGUCGGUUCACACUGUUUAGUGUGUCUUGUGUGUGCCGAAUGAAACGGUGACUUGCUGAUAAUAGCCUAAUGUAUCAGAGACUGCUCUACACUGCAAGUAUGUGGGAAAUCUGUCCAGGGACGUGACAGAGGCCCUCAUCUUGGAGUUGUUUAGCCAGAUUGGACCCUGCAAGAGCUGUAAAAUGAUAGUAGAUACAGCAGGUCACGAUCCGUACUGCUUUGUGGAGUUCUAUGAGCAUAGACAUGCCACUGCCACAAUUGCAGCCAUGAAUGGUCGGAAAAUACUGGGUAAGGAGGUCAAGGUCAACUGGGCCACGACGCCAACCAGCCAAAAGAAAGACACAAGCAGUCACUUCCAUGUCUUUGUUGGAGAUCUAAGUCCUGAAAUUACCACAGAUGACAUAAAAGCAGCUUUUGCUCCAUUUGGGAAAAUAUCGGAUUGUCGAGUGGUGAAAGACAUGGCCACAGGUAAAUCUAAAGGCUAUGGCUUUGUCUCCUUCUUCAACAAAUGGGAUGCAGAGAAUGCCAUACAGCAGAUGGGAGGACAGUGGUUGGGAGGCAGGCAGAUCAGGACCAACUGGGCCACAAGGAAGCCUGCUCCUAAAACUACAAAUGAAACAACCAAUACCAAGCAGCUAUCUUUCGAUGAGGUGGUUAACCAGUCUAGCCCCAGCAACUGCACCGUCUACUGCGGGGGAGUCACAACAGGUCUCACAGAGCAAACUAUGAGACAGACCUUCUCACCUUUCGGGCAAAUAAUGGAAAUCCGAGUUUUCCCAGACAAAGGCUACUCGUUUGUGAGGUUCAACUCCCAUGAAGCAGCAGCUCAUGCCAUUGUUUCUGUCAAUGGCACAUCCAUAGAGGGCUAUGUUGUUAAGUGUUACUGGGGCAAAGAAACAACAGACAUGGUUAGCCCCAUUCAGCAGGUACAGAUGCCACAGCAGAACACGGUGAGCUUCGCAGCGCAGCCCUACAGUCAGUGGGGUCAGUGGUACAGCAACACACAGCAGAUUGGUCAGUAUGUGCCCAAUGGAUGGCAGGUGCCAAGCUAUGGAGUCUAUGGACAGACCUGGGAUCAGCAGGGCUACAAUCAUUUACAUGCUGGUGCCGGGUGGACUGGUGUGGGCGCUGUGAGCAACGGGGGCAUGGUGGAGCCCGGGCAGGGAGUCAACGGGACGGUGCUAACCAACCAGGCUGGCAUGAGCACUGCUGGCUACCACACCCACUGAUCACAGUAGCCCUCUUCUAAGCCUCUGAGGCCACAAGGAUGAUACUCUGCUGGGGAAAGGAGUGCAUUAGAUGUGCUCUAUCUGUUACCACACAAAUUUAUUCUGUUAGUGAGGCUGGUACACCAUUGUAUCAACCUUACCAGCCCACAACCUCACCCACUGCCCAAAUCUGCAAGUGUAACGAAGACAACCCACUCCAGAACACUUUUAAAAACAGCUACUGCUAAUGCACCUUGCAUUCUAGGGCCCAUUUUAUUGUUUGGCGUAUUUUUGUAAUGCCUGCAGAUAACUGGCCAAAUGUAAAUUAUACGACCAUGUCAAGAUAUUUCUAGCACAGCCACAUUUUAGUUUAAAAGGAGGAAUUGUUCAGCUAAUUAAAUCUGUAGUAAAACACCAUGUUCUGUUUGUUUUCAGCCCCUCAGAGCCAAAGAGCAAGGGCAGGAUUUUAUACCAAUGUUUAACAAUCAUACAGGGAGAAGAGGCGGCCAACUUUGCCACAGAAAGCACUCAAUAGUCCAUAGUAAUGCAAUGUAUUGAGUCAGGGGUAUGUUUUUUUUUUUUUUUUUUAGUUUUUAAUUUUUUCUCAAUUGGAACCUCUUGCUCUCACUGUUCUGGUCUGUCCACCUGUUACUGAAGUGAAAUAAGUCUAAGCAAGUUCUCAGGGUGUUGUCAAGUCAUUCUGUGAAACGUAGGAAAUCACUGAGUAGAAGUAGGCAGGUUUAGGGAAAGUGGACACCACAAAACAAAUAAAUUUCACCGCUCCUUCACUUUGUCUCCCAGAACGGACUGAACAGACCGAGAAUCCAGUCUGCGGAUAAGAAACGCGCGUGUGUGUAUGUGUGUGUGCGCGCGCUUGCGUGUGUGCAUGAACUGAUGCUUUUACACACAAGACAACGUCCAGUUCAUCUUCCCCUGAAACAGAAAGGACUGCGCCAUCUUUUUUUUUUUUUUGCGGCCAUUUUCUUUCUUUCUUUUUUGUUUUGAGCGACUUUAAAAUGUUGACAUUGUAUAAAGAGCUUUCUGCCUUUUUUGUGUUUCAUUUCGGGACUGUCUUAUAAAGAAAUGUUGCAGUGACACCAUCGAAUCAUGUGGCACGUGAGACCUUUUUUAUGUUUGUUUAUAAAACAUUAAGUGGCUGUCAACUGUCAACUUUAUUUUUUUUCAAUUAGAUUUUCAAUAUCUCAAAUAAAUCAAUUGCAGGGAUUACUGCCACUCUUAUCUUACUUAUAGGCAGACAAAUAUUGCACAAAUACUUAAGGUUACCUUUUCACAAAAUUUGAAAUAAUAGGGUUUUUUUUAUGUUUUUUUGCAUUCCACUUUCUUUUGUAAUUUCCUUUGGAGGUUUUAUGUAACAGUCUGUUCAAUUGUACUGAUUCUGUAUAAAGAAAACAUGUUAAUUAAGGAAGCCUGCUAGCUUCUGGUUGGGGUAAUGGCUUCCAGAAACAGCUGUUUGACAGUAGCAUCCCUGUCCAGUGCUGGUCCGUGUACAGUAGAGACAGUGCAACAUUUGAUUCUUCCAGAGGCUUGGAGGACAAGCAGCAUUGCUAUGCAAUGCAGAAGCCUUUCAAUUGACAAGUAAUACAUCAUUUAAGUUAUUCCGUUGUACACCUAAAUAACGAUUGUUUUUAUAGAUUAAGAAACCUUAUAAGGAUCAGAUUUUUGCACUGUGGCCACCAUCGUUUUUAAUAGUUAAAAAAAAUCCAUUGUGUUGCCUUAUUAUCAGUGAGUUACUUUUAAUUUAACCAAAAAUCAUCCAAGAGUAGGCGGUGCCUAAGAAUGUUUUCAACCUAUGUUUUGGCAAGAGAAGUUCUGUUGAUGCUUCAGUAACAUGGUUUGAGUUUUUGCUUUGUCCCAUUAAAAUGCUGAUGCUUAAAACAG